AUGAACUCUUUCUUCCUAAGAACUGCCACUUCCCGUUUAUUACUCCGGCAGAAACCUGUUCUGCAGUAUAAUCCGUUCAAAAUGUCUUACAUCGCUGCGGGAGCCACGCCUGGCGGCGCAAAAGCUACUGUGAAAGACGGCAACAGGCUCAAGGCUUUGUUUGAUGCAAACAAACCCGCCUUUGGGGGCUGGCAGAUGAUUCCUGGAGCGGCACCGGCUAGGAUACUGGCGCAAUCGGGCGUGGACUGGGUGCUGGUGGACUGUGAACAUGGCAGCUUGGACGAUCAUGCUAUGCAUGAGUCAGUUCCAGCUAUUGCGGCGCUGGGAGUAUCUCCCAUUGUGAGAAUUCCGGGAAUGGAGCCAUGGAUGGUCAAGCGUGCGUUGGACAGUGGUGCACAUGGUAUUCUUGUCCCGCUAUUGCGUACCGUCAAAGAAGCCGAGGAUCUCGUCCAAGCCGCCAAAUUCCCACCUGCGGGAAAGCGAGGCUUUGGAUCUCCUUAUUCUGCUAAACAAUUCGGCCCCACCAUCUCUUCUCUAGACUAUCUUAAUGGAGCCAAUGAAAAUGUCUUGACCAUGGUUCAAAUUGAGACCAAAGAAGCCCUUGAGGCCGUGGACGAAAUUGCUGCUGUCAAGGGAGUUGACGUCCUCUUCGUUGGCCCAUUUGAUCUCGGUAAGAUGUAUCCCAAAGGUUUAUUACAACGAGCUUCGGCUGUUAACCACAAACGGCAAAUUAUAGGCAUAAAUAUCGGGCAUCGUGUCAGCGAGGCCGGCAUUCCCCAAGAGCUCAAUGAUGCCAUCUCAAAGGUCCAGGUCGCCGCUAAGAAAGCUGGAAAGAAAAGUGGCAUCUAUACCUUCAGCGGUGCCCAUGCCAAGCAGUGUCAGCAGCAAGGCUUUGAUAUGGUCCACGUCGUCACGGAUUACAUGGGCCUCGAGGAUGUAGUCAAGCAGUAUCUGACCGCUGCCAAAAACUGA